GUCACAUCAAGUCCCGCCUCACCACUGUACGGGAAAGAUGUGUAAAGCAGAAGGAUUGCUAUAUCAUGGCUACAUUUAUGGAACGGUUAGCUUUCCUCCAGAAAGUCCCAACUCUGAUGAAGGCGACAGCAGAUGAUGAGAACCCCUGUCCUGGUUACCUUUUUCAAGAAAUUGGAAAAAUCUCCCAUGAGUCUUCAGCUAGUGAUCAGUGCUUGCUUGAGUACCUUCUGGAGAGGCUGCAAGUAGAGUCCUGUCAUGUCAAACUCAAGGUGCUGAAGAUCUUCGUACAUCUGUGCGGCCAUGGAUCAAAACAUUUCCUCACUGAACUUAGGAGGAAUUCCACCUUCAUCCAGCAAGCAUCAGUUUACAGUGGUCCUCCUCAUCCCAUCCAUGGCACGGCGUUGUAUCAGAAAGUGAGAAAGACGGCGCAGGAAGUGGCACGGCUGCUUUUCACAGAUACAAUUUCCAUCAAGAGUGGUGUCCUCCCACUCAACGUAGUAACCCCAACAAUGGGUAUGGGAUCAGCAGCCACUCACAGGUCGGCAAUGCAGGGCUUUGGUUACAAUCCAGGGAGGCAGGGGACAGCAGGUACGGACUCCCUUCUGGAUAAGAUCCAAAAAGCUGCAGAGGUUGUGGCCAGUGCUGUCUUACCACCUACAGAACAUCAGGGCAUCCGUCUUCAUGACAACCAAUACCGGGCGGUAGUGGCACCCUCGGCACCGAUAGAAGUAGCUGUACCGGCAUGUGCCUACGGUCUACCUGCUCGCAAAUCACAAGGAGUGAUCCAGCGGUGUCCAGGCCAGGUUGGAGGUGGAUGGGAAGAAACGGACAGUGGCAACACUUCCUCUCAUCACUCAUCCCAAGACAUCUUGACCAAUAGCAGAGCCUCUGUGAGCAGCAAAUCCAUAUGCACCGGUAGCCAAUCAGGCGCCAGCAGAGAAAGCAGCGGCGACCUAUCGGAACGGGUGGAAGCCUUGCAGUUGGGGGACUGUGGCCAGGAGAUGGCGCUCAUCAGCAAACUGAUGGAAGGUUCUCGAGUGUUUCUGUCCAGCGAGGAAAGCCAGCACUUUAUCAAAGAGUGCUCCACUCUUAACUGUGAGGUCGUGGUGGAGUUGCUCUCAAGCGGCCUGCAAGAUCCCUCAAACACUGUCAAGAUGAGGGUGCUGUGUGCUGUAUCUUGCCUGAUGACAACCGAUCUUCUGUCCUUGGAGCAAAUUUUUGGAGCUACGCAACGUCGGCUCCGUCAGCUCAGCGAGGACCCUCCAGGAGCUGUGGCCAACAAAGCCACUAAGAUCCUACGACAGUUCCAGGCCUUGAUGGGUGGAGUUCACCAUACAGCCAAACAGCAUCCUGCCAGCAGUCAACCAGUCAACCAUACAUCUAGCCAGCUUCUUACUCACAGUCAUGCCAAUCACCCAUUUCAUGUGAACAGCGUCUCCUCGCCGGAGUUCAUCGACAAUGAGGAGAAACAUCUUCUUACUGAGCAGCAAUUGGCUCUUGAUUCUGUUCGGACUGUUGACACGGAGGCUGCAAAAGAAGAGGAGAGCACGUCAUCCGGGGAGCCAUCGAGUGUCAGCAGACCGUCCCUGUUCAGUGGUAUGAACUUGCUCACCAGGGGGAGGCCUCAAUGCGAAAGUACAACUUCCCACACAGACAUAGACUCGCUACACGAAUCGGUAAAUGACAACCAGACAGCGCACCAGUUUGACGGUGCGUCUCCUGGUGUGUUUGACAGCAGCCAACAGGCAUCAGCGUUCUCAUUUCUCAACUCUUGACGUUGACCUAACGAGACGCUUUGAGUGCUAUUAAAAAAAUAUAAAAAUAUAUAAAAAUAUAAGACAUAUUUAAUUAUUUCACAUUUUUUUGUUAAGUACAUAAUUCCUGUACUGUAAAUGGAAACAAAAGAGGUCACGUUGAUGUCAACCGUGUACACUCAUCUUAGAGUCGGUUUUCUUCAUGUCUACAUGUAUUGAGUGUAUCUGGUCUGGAGAUACAGCUUAUCACCAGAGGUUUUAUCUCAGGAUUCAUUUUAGGUAACAUAAACAACCUCUACAGAACAUCCACUGAAAUAGCCUUGCGACUCUAGAACUGUCUUCCAUGAAUUAGUGUUAUAAUGCUGCAAACGUCUCAUUCGGAAUUUAUUAUUAUUAUGACUGUGGUAAGCAUGUGUCAAUCAUUAUACAAGUGGUGCUAGAGCGCAUGUCUACAAAAUUGUGGCGUGGUGAACAGGUGAGAGAAGUGAAGAAUCAGUAUAAAAUUAAUUUGGAUUUGCAACAAUGGAGAUCCGUCAUGUAAACAAAUAAAAGCAGAUUAACAGUCUUCCUAAAAUUCCAUGCUUAGAUAUGGAUUUCUUGCCUACUUCUUAGUCAAACGUGGAAGUUCUCAAAGCAGGAUCAACCUGCUACUCAUUAGUUAGGUUAUAGGUACAAUUUACCACAUUUUGGUUGCUAAGAGAAGCGACAUCUACAGCAAGCAGAAACCUUCAGGAAAUAGGUUAGCAAGUGCUGAUUUACAUGUGUUAAGAUAUUAAUAUGGAAAGCAUGCACGGCUCGGCUUCAGGAUCACACCCACCAUUCAAAAAUGUGAUACAAAUGUCAUAAAG